UUGUGGUAUAGCAUUGGAUGCACUAAUAAAGACACACACACACACAUCGAAAUAGACUUGAGGAAGGUUUCAAGAGGGGCUGCAGAAAGCUCACUUCACUGGAAUCAUUUAACUCUAGUAGAACGAUGAAUAGCGAUUCGGAGUACUCCUCUAUUGACGAAAAAGCAGACAAGAAAUCAAAUGGUCGACUUUUGGACAUUCCAUGUAAAGUAUGUGGUGAUCGUUCGUCGGGGAAGCAUUAUGGCAUAUAUGCCUGCGAUGGGUGCAGUGGAUUCUUCAAGAGAAGUAUUAGACGAAACCGUAGCUAUACCUGUCGCGCAACCAACGGCAAAGGUAGCUGCCCAGUGGAUAAGAUUCACCGGAAUCAAUGUCGCUCCUGUCGUCUGAAGAAAUGCUUUGACGUGAACAUGAACAAGGAUGCUGUCCAGCAUGAGCGCGGACCCAGAAGUUCAACUCUACGCAAACAAAAGAUGCUCAAAGAAGCUCAAGAUAGACUGGAUCUAGUCAGCGUUACGCAUGCGCCUCAGGGGCCGAAUGGUUUCAUGAACACGCUCCUAGCAGCCGAGCCUCAUAUGGAGGGAUGUGCUGUUCCGUCAGGGGACUUUGAUCUAGGACUGGAGUAUAAACCAAUCACGUUGCAGACUGAUUUGUCAGUUUCAAUGUAUUAUUCAAGUCCAGACACCGUCUGUGAAGCGGCUGCAAAGCUUUUGUUUAUGUCCGUCAAAUGGGCAAGAAAUAUUCCUUCGUUUAUCAGUCUACCGUUCCGUGACCAGGUUACUUUACUAGAGGAAAGCUGGAGAGAGCUGUUCCUUCUAGGGGCAAGUCAGUGGUCUAUGCCACUAGAAAUCGCGCCUAUUCUUGCCGCAGCAGGAAUGCACAUGGACAACACGCCCCCGGAAAAAAUCGUUGACGUCAUGGCAAUUGUGCGGACGUUGCAGGAAGCAGUAAAUAAAUUUAAAGCUUUUGGGGUGGACUCGACUGAAUAUGCUUGUUUGAAGGCCAUCGUAUUGUUCAAACCUAAUACGUGUGGCUUAAAGGAUUCGGAACAAAUAGAGGCUACACAAGACCAAGCUCAGCUCAUGCUUGGCGAGUACAUUCGUACAUCUUAUCCAAGCCAGGUAGCAAGAUUCGGAAGACUGCUUCUCCUGUUGCCUGCUCUACGAAGAGUCAGCGCUUUGGCGAUUGAGGAAUUAUUCUUCAAAAAGACUAUUGGUAGUGUUCCUAUUGAACGACUGCUUAGCGACAUGUUCAAGAAUGAAUGAUUAAAACAAGAUAAACCAAGAAAAUAAGAGAUCUUUUGGUUCGCCUAAGCAAUCAGUCGCUAUUGAUAAUAUACACUUAAUUGAAGAAUCGUUGUCGGGUUCAGAAACAUAGAACAU